CGCCUCCGGGUGAGACGAAAUCCCUGACACUAACUAGAGCGGCACUCGCUCCCACUCGGCGGUGAAUGGGGGAAGUACAACUCCGAACGUUCUAGUCCGGUACAACCUCCCUCGUCUCUUCGGUCUGACACUUCGAGACACGCCGGCAGUCGACGGUCACGCUUCGCCACAACCACCCGGGAAGACUCCAGCGCUGCUAGCUAGCUAGGAAUGAGCAAGGAUGGCCGGCUCUGCAGCAGAGGAGAAAAACUUCCGACGGUUCCUGGAGCUCUUUCUCCGGGAGAUGAGCCCGCCUCUGCAGGACAGCGACCCGCUGCCUGCGCGCCCCUUGACGGACCUGGUGUGUGAGGACGAGGUGGAGGGGGAAUGCCUCGACUUGUGUAUGCAGCAACUCUACAAAUAUAACUGCCCGUGCUCUUUGGCGGCGGCUUUGGCCAGAGCGACCUCCGACAGCAUCCUGCAGAGCGACCUCACCAUCCACCACCUCGUCAAGAGUGGAGAAGACGGCGUCGGCCCCUUACCACAACUGGAGGCGGUCAAGUUGGCCCGUCUGAUCUUCAAGCGACUGUUCGAUACCUGCAGUCUGUGGAGCAAAGAGAUUCCGUAUCGCCGCCGCCCGCAGCCGUACUACGAGACGUCCAUCCACGCCAUCAAGAACAUGAGGCGCAAGAUGGAGGACCGACACCUCAUCAUCCCCGACUUCAACACGCUCUUCAACAUUCAGGAUCAGGAAGAGCAAGCGUUCUUCGCCGUGUUCGACGGCCACGGUGGCGUGGACGCCGCCAUUUACGCCGCCAACCACCUCCACGUCAACCUGGCGCGCCAGGAGUCCUUGGCCCAGGACCCGGGGGAGGCCCUGCGCCGCGCCUUCAAGAUCACAGACCAGCACUUUGUCAAGAAGGCGUCACGUGAGAACUUACGCUGCGGCACCACGGGCGUGGUCACCUUCCUGCGGGGCCGCACGCUGCACGUGGCCUGGCUGGGGGACUCUCAGGUCAUCCUGGUGCGGCGUGGUGAGGUGGUGGAGCUGAUGAAGGCACACAAACCCGACCGAGAGGACGAGAAGCAGAGGAUCGAAGCGCUGGGCGGCUGCGUCAUCUGGUUUGGAACCUGGAGGGUUAACGGCAGUCUGUCCGUAUCCAGAGCCAUCGGCGACUCGGAGCACAAGCCUUACAUCUGCGGCGAUGCCGACCACAACGUCUUCCCAUUGGACGGCUCUGAGGACUACCUCAUUCUGGCCUGCGAUGGCUUCUGGGACACCGUCAGUCCCGACGAGGCGGUCCGGGUGGUCAGCGACCACCUUCAGGAGAACGCGGGCGACACCUCCAUGGUGGCCCACAAGCUGGUGGCCUCGGCCCGCGACGCCGGCUCCAGCGAUAACAUCACCGUCAUCGUAGUCUUUCUGCGGGACCCCCGCUCCCCGCCGCCCACCAUCACAGAGGACGACGAUGAAGAGGAGGAGGGCGUGGCGGAAGGUCCGAUGGAGGAAGAGCCAACUGCAGAGCCGGAGGAGGAACCGGAAGAGCAGGAGGAGGAAGAGGAGGCUGGCAGAGUGGAGCGAGGCGGUGGCGAAGGAGGCAGCACGGCGGACAACGGGGGGAAAAGUCGUGGCGGAUGGCCCCUGCAGCAGUGCUCCGCUCCGGCCGACCUCGGCUACGAAGACCGCAAGGACUCUUUGACGGACAGAACCAGCCUCAGCCUCCUGGGGCCCACGUUGGGGGGCCGCAUCUUUUCCAGCCUCUACGCCGCCCCCCUGGAUAAACGCCCUCUAAGGCGCAGGCUCCACCUCCCGUACCAGGAGUCCAGUAUCGCCAGUUUUACGGACCCACUGUGGCACCAGACCGCCUCGCUGCUGGGCCGGGUCGCCAGGCGGAGCCAGCGGCUCGUUGGCGGCAGGCGUGACCUCAGGCGGCCGCAGAGCUUCACCAAGUCCCUGGCUUUGUUUUCACCUGACCACGUGCAGCGCCACGCCCCCUGGAGGCCUACGCUGCCCCAUGAUGCCGCAGUCUGAAGCACCUCCUGCGUUUAGUCAAGCCCCGCCCCCUAAACCCGCCGACCCGCCUCUGCCUUCAACACCUUAUUUUUUUCUUUGGGUAGUUUAGGUGAUUGUGGAUCUUUUCAUUCGUAACGUGAAGAGUGAGCGCUUGUGUUCAUAAACAAGCUUUGAUCAAAGUAACGUUAGCGGUCAAGCUAACACCUUUCAGUCAUGACGCUAGCACUCAAGCUAACACCUUUCAGUCAUGACGCUAACACUUUUCAGUCAUGACGCUAGCACUCAAGCUAACUCCUUUCAGUCAUGACGCUAACACUUUUCAGUCAUGACGCUAGCACUCAAGCUAACACCUUUCAGUCAUGAUGCUAGCACUCAAGCUAACACCUUUGUCAUUACGCUAGCACUCAAGCUAACACUUUUCAGUCAUGACGCUAGCACUCAAGCUAACUCCUUUCAGUUAUGACGCUAGCACUCAAGCUAACACCUUUCAGUCAUGACGCUAGCACUCAAGCUAACUCCUUUCAGUCAUGACGCUAGCAUUCAAGUAACACCUUUCAGUCAUGACGCUAGCACUCAAGCUAACACCUUUCAGUUAUGACGCUAGCACUCAAGCUAACACCUUUCAGUCAUGACGCUAGCACUCAAGCUAACACUUUUCAGUCAUGAUGCUAGCACUCAAGCUAACACUUUUCAGUCAUGACGCUAGCACUCAAGCUAACACCUUUUAGUCAUGACGCUAGCACUCAAGCUAACACUUUUCAGUCAUGACGCUAGCACUCAAGCUAACAGCUUUCAGUCAUGACGCUAGCACUCAAGCUAACACUUUUUAGUCAUGACGCUAGCACUCAAGCUAACACUUUUUAGUCAUGACGCUAGCACUCAAGCUAACAACUUUCAGUCAUGACGCUAGCACUCAAGCUAACACCUUUCAGUCAUGACGCUAGCACUCCAGCUAACACUUUUUAGUCAUGACGCUAACACUCAAGCUAACAACUUUCAGUCAUGAUGCUAGCACUGAAGCUAACACCUUUCAGUUAUGAUGCUAGCAUUCAAGCUAACACUUUUCAGUCAUGACGCUAGCAUUCAAGCUAACAGGUGUCAGUCAUGACGCUAACACAGUUAUGCUAGCAGCCAAGCUAAUCCUUUUCAGUCUUGAAGCUAACCGUCAAGCUAACACUUUUCAGUUAUGCUAGCAGCCAAGCUAACCUUUUGCAGUCAUGACGCUAGCACUCAAGCUAACAUUUUCAGUCUUUUCAGGCCAUUUGAAACAAAACAAGUCUACUUUUGUAGGCGGAGCUAAGGUUCAAUGAACAAGUUAGUGUUUCCAGGUGCAAUGAAGCAGAAUAGCGGAGCCUCUGCUGGUCACAGACAAGUCAGGCGCUCCCUUUUUUUGGAACGCAUUCGUAGAAAAAAAAUUAUCCUAAAAUCGACAUCGCAUUGAAAUAAUCUGAGGUCAUCCUGACUUUACAGCAAAUGAGAGAGAAGCAACAAUGUUUGCCAGUUUAAUAAAAAGUUCUUGUUUUUCCUCAAAAGGAGAGUUGAACUUCUACGACCGCACACUUCCUAUUUGUCCCAUCAAUCUUCCAAUCAUUUUAUUUUGUUAAAAUGCCCUUUUUUGUCAACCUCUCAUUCCACAUCUGUACUCAUAAAAAAGCACUUAGAUGCUGGAUUAUAAAAGAUUAGCCGUCACUUACCUGAUGCUACGCGUAGCAGGGGAUUUAUUUGUGUUGAUGACGCUUUCAGGAGCAGGACAAAAGUCACUCUAUUUUGAUUCUGUUGGCUCAUGAAAUUAUUUGUGCCGCAAGUUGCAAACACCUGCCUUCUCCCCUUAGUCUCAUUGGACUGUCAUUUCUCUAACAACUAGCAAACUAGCUAGUUGUGUCUAAGGACGAGCCAGUUUUUGAUUGAUUGAUUGAAACUUUUAUUAGUAGAUUGCACAGUACAGUACAUAUUCCGUACAAUUGACCACUAAAUGGUAACACCCCAAUAAGUUUUUCAACUUGUUUAAGUCGAGGUCCACGUUAAUCAAUUCAUGGUAAGUUUAGUCCUAACACUAGCGUAUACCUCACUCUGUGUCUGAUUGGACAGCUUGCUAGUUUUGUCUAAAGACUAGCAGGCUAGCCCACCAGUUUUGUCUAAAGACUAGCAAGGUAGCCGACCAGUUUUGUCUAAAGACUAGUUGACUAGUUUUGUCUAAAGACUAGCCAACCAGUUUUGUCUAAAGACUAGCCGACUACUUUUGUCUAAAGACUAGCAGGCGAGUUGACUAGUUUUGUGUAAAGACGAGCCGACUACUUUUGUCUAAAGACUAGCAGACUAGUUGACUAGUUUUGUCUAAAGACUAGCCGACCAGUUUUGUCUAAAGACUAGCAAGCUAGCCUACUAGCUUUGUCCAAAGACUAGUAGGCUAGCCGACUAGUUUUGUCUAAAGACUAGCCGACCAGUUUUGUCUAAAGACUAGCAGGGUAGCUGAUCAGUUUUGUCUUAAGACUAGCAGGCUAGUUGACUAGUUUUGUCUAAAGACUAGCCGACCAGUUUUGUCUAAAGACUAGCAGGCUAGCCUACUAGUUUUGUCCAAAGACUAGUUGGCUAGCCGACUAGUUUUGUCUAAAGACUAGCCGACCAGUUUUGUCUAAAGACUAGCAGGGUAGCCGACCAGUUUUGUCUUAAGACUAGCAGGCUAGUUGACUAGUUUUGUCUAAAGACUAGCCAACCAGUUUUGUCUAAAGACUAGCUAACUACUUUUGUCCAAAGACUAGCAGGCUAGUUGACUAGUUUUGUCUAAAGACUAGCUGACCAGUUUUGUUUAAAGACUAGCAGGCUAGAUGACUAGUUUUGUCUAAAGACUAGCAGGCUAGUUGACUAGUUUUGUCUAAAGACUAGCCGACCAGUUUUGUCCAAAGACUAGCAGGCUAGCCUACUAGUUUUGUCCAAAGACUAGUAGGUUAGCCAGCCAGUUUUGUCUAAAGACUAGCAGGCUAGUUGACUAGUUUUGCCUAAAGACUCGCUGACCAGUUUUGUCUAAAGACUAGCAGACUACUUUUGUCUAAAGACUAGAAAGCUAAUUGACUAGUUUUGUCUAAAGACUAGCCGACCAGUUUUGUCUAAAGACUAGCAGGCUAGAUGACUAGUUUUGUCUAAAGACUAGCAGGCUAGUUGACUAGUUUUGUCUAAAGACUAGCAGGCUAGCCUACUAGGUUUGUCCAAAGACUAGUAGGCUAGCCGACUAGUUUUGUCUAAAGACUAGCAGGGUAGUUGAGUAGUAUUGUCUAAAGACUAGCCGACUACUUUUGUCUAAAGACUAGCAGGCGAGUUGACUAGUUUUGUCUAAAGACGAGCCAACCAGUUUUGUCUAAAGACUAGCCGACUACUUUUGUCUAAAGACUAGCAGGCUAGUUGACUAGUUUUGUCUAAAGACUAGCCGACUAGUUUUGUCUAAAGACUAGCAGGGUAGCCGACCAGUUUUUUUCUAAAGACUAGCAGGCUAGUUGACUAGUUUUGUCUAAAGACUAGCCGACUAGUUUUGUCUAAAGACUAGCCGACCAGUUUUUUCUAAAGACUAGCAGGCUAGCCUACUAGUUUUGUCCAAAGACUAAUGGCUAGCCAGCCAGUUUUGUCUAAAGACUAGCAGGCUAGCCGACCAGUUUUGUCUAAAGACUAGCAGGCUAGUUGACUAGUUUUGUCUAAAGAGUAGCAGGCUAGUUGACUAGUUUUGUCUAAAGACUAGCUGACCAGUUUUGUCUAAAGACUAGCAGGCUAGUUGACUAGUUUUGUCUAAAGACUA